AUGAUAUCAACAGUAAAUAAUAGUAGUUGUGCUGAUAAUUUCACCGAAGGGCAAAUACUCAAUCAACAAUCACAAAGAAAUAAUAAUCAAUUGCAACUUCAAUCGUUUAUUGAUCAAUAUGGAAUUGUUAAAACACGUACGCCAACAAUAAAUCGUAUUAAAAAACAUUUGAACAAAUUCUGCAAGACAUUGAGUUGUAUCAGUAUUAUUAAUGCACUACUGAAUCGAAUACCAAUUAUUCGUUGUCUUAAGGAGUACAAUAUACGAACAAGUCUUUUUGGAGAUAUUAUUGCUGGUAUUACAGUAGCCAUCAUGCAUAUACCACAAGGUAUGGCCUAUGGACUUUUGACAACGUUGCCACCUGUUUAUGGAACAUUUGCUAUUACAUCGUUGAUGACAGGACAAGCUAUCGAUGGGGCAUCGUUAGAAUAUUCUAAUGUUAUUAACAAUGAAUCGUAUGUUUUAUCGAAUAUAUCUGAGGCAAUGAUUAUUAGUGAAAAAGUGGGCCUAGCUACUACUUUGGCAUUUUUCGUUGGCAUGGUUCAAUUAACUCUGUCAAUCUUUCGUCUUGGCUUUCUUACUGUAUACUUGACAGAACCAUUUAUUAGUGGUUUUACGGCUGGUGCUGCUGUUCAUGUAUUUUCAAGUCAAAUACCGUCUGUUUUCGGUAUAGUUAUUGGUACUAUUAUCUCCCAUUUCACUGAAAUUCACAAUCGUCAUGGUGUAUCGGUAGUAGGUCCCAUCAAACAAGGUUUACCACCACCAAUUUCACCUCCAUUCAAGCAAAUAUCAUACUUAGUCGUACAUGCUGUUCCAAUUGCUAUGGUCACUCUGUGCAUUUCUAUUUCUAUGGCUAAAAUGUUUAGUCGAAAACAUAACUACAAAGUUAGCUCGAAUCAGGAACUAUUGGCCUAUGGAAUAUCGAAUACUGUCUCGUCAUUCUUUCAAUGCUUUCCAAGUGGGUGUUCAAUGAGCCGUUCUGCAGUACAAGAAGGAAGUGGUUGUAAAACUCAACUCGUCGGUGGUUUUUCAUGUCUUGUUUUGGGUAUAGUCAUAGUUGCACUAACACCAUUAUUUAAAUCUCUUCCAAUGGCUUGUCUGGCUGCUAUCAUUAUCUAUUAUGGAAUGUGUAAACCUCGUUUUGCUGUUCUUGGUCAAAUCGACAAUACUGAAACUUACAAGAAUAUUAAACUAUUUCCAGUAGCUCGGCAAUUUGUCAAUAUUAAAAUUCUUCGUUUUGAUGAAUCACUAUAUGCAUGUAACGCACCAUUUUUUAAACGGAAAUUUUAUGAAUUAAUUGGUAUUAAAUUACGACAAGAACCACUUAUCCCAUAUGAAAUGCUAAAUUUAAAUCAAAAUGAAGGCAUUCGAUAUAAAUAUGUUGUUCUUGAUUGUUCACCCUUCAAUUUUAUUGAUACAGUUGGAGUGAAAUUACUCAUUGAAAUUUAUAACGAUUUGAAAAAACGAGAUAUUAAAUUGUAUUUAAGUGAAUGUCGAUAUGAUGUUCAACAUACUCUUGAAUUAAUGAAUUUUUAUGAGAAGACAGCACCUAGCAUAAUUUAUGUAACGACACAUGAUGCAGUUAUGUUUAUCAGAACACAAUCGGAUCAUGGUAAUGAUUGA